CCGGCAUCAUCUGCUUGUGAUUGCACGAACGGACGGUGUGGAUCGCAUCAUUGACGCCACAGCAGCGGAUUUGCCUCUGCUGCGCCACAUGCUGGCUGUCGGGCAGCAGUGGGCGGCGCACUCCGUCUCCCCCUCCUCCUCCUCCAACCCCACUCUUGGUUCUGGAAAUGUGCCACAGCAAGAGACCUUGCCACAGAAGCCACCUGAAAAAUCUCCUGGCGCUGCUCCAUGCAGUGGAGCUGAGCAUGCCAGGGAAAAGUCUCUGCCUGUAAAGGGAGGGUUGGGGGCGCCUAUAGCGAGGGUAGCAGGGCCGGCUGCUACCACAGCCGGGUCAUCCCCUCCUCAGCCACUGCGCUUCCGAUUCGGCUUCCACCAGGUGCCGUCCAUGCACCAGCUGCAUCUGCACGCCAUCAGCCAGGACCUGGACUCGCCCCACGUGAAGCACAAGAAGCACUGGAACUCCUUCGCCUCGCCCUUCUUCCGCGAUGCACACCAGGUAAUUUCUCAGAUAGAGCAGCACAGCCAUGUGCUGCCUGCCCUGCCGUCCACCCAAGUCUCCUCGUCUGCAGCUGGCCUCGACCUCUUUCCUGGCUCUGGUGAAACCUCCCCGAGGGCUCCAAUGGGUGCUCCCCACACAGGGGCAGGAAAAGGGAGUGACACAUCAGGACCAGGCAAAACUGCUGUUGAGCAGGCAGCUGUAGCGGAGGGUGCAGCUGUAGCGGCUGCAGAGGCACUGGAUGGGCUGGCGAUAGCAGGUGAUGGAGAUGGACGGAGAGGAGCAGGAGCAGCAGGUGAAGAAUAUAGGGUGGCUGUAGCAGGAGGUGCUGCUGUGGUGGCGUGGUCUAAAUUGGGUGUUCCUGGUGAGCUUGUAGCAGCGUUGGAGAAAGAGGCUCGGCACCUGCUUCGGCAUGAGCUUCGGUGUCAUCGGUGUCGUAGCGUGCAGCCUAACCUCCCCAGGUUGAAGACGCACAUUCGCACCUGUUCAGCGCCCAUGCCAGGGUCUCAAGUUGGGUUGGAUAGUAGUGGUGGUGAUGUGGUUGGUGGUAGUAGUGGUGGUGGAGGGGGUUCAGAUACUAGGAACUAGAUGUAGCUAUAAAUUACAAAUCAUGAUUGCCAAGGGUAGUACGGUUUUGUGAAACAUUAUGACAUUCUUUAGUAUUAGAACUUGUAAACACGUAGAAAGCUUUACAAAAACGCGU